GCUUUUAGACGUGUUAUUCACUUUCACGAAGUAAGGAUCAAAUUUAAUAUUUAGCAACUGCGUUCAUAGAAUGCCAUGUCGAAAUAUUUGGUGCUAAUUUCCCUAUACCACGUGGCUGCUGUUAGCGCUCUAUGCAGGACGGGUUUUGCACAAUCAGCUCACGGGUGCGUAGUAGACAGAAGGCGUGAAGCUGUCCAACCUUCAACGGGAUGUGAGUUUGAGGAAUCUGAACCUAUUUGUGCCGAUAGUGGAGUCACGUACGAUAACAAAUGUUUACUAGAUCGCGAUGCCGACAGACUUCGAUCGCUUGGGUUGUCGGUCGCAAUGCACUAUGAAGGUCCUUGUACUGAAACUCUGGUCUGCAACGACAUGUGCAUGCAAGAUUAUGCCCCUGUUUGUGCCAGCAAUUUAGAAACAUACGGGAGCAGAUGUAGAAUGGAGGCUGCAGCGUGUACAUCGGGUGGUAAAUUGACCAUACUAGCGGAAAGAACAUGCGCAGACUAUCUCGGAGGAGGAAGUAUUGAUGAACAACUUGAGAGACUCAAACAAAUAGGCAAGCGAUUUGAUGGCGAUACUGUGCGAACCACAACAACAUGUCCCGAGAAGUGUGACGAUACGAUCUUUGCAGUUGUGUGUGGCACAGAUGGACGGUCGUACAUUAACGAAUGCGACUUAAGGAUGGCGGCCUGUACGAAACACUUUCCGCGUUUGGCAGUAUGGUACGAUGGCAUAUGUACAGAGCAAGAUGCAGGUUCCCCCUUAUACACAGACAAAGAUAUCAGUGAGUACAUAUCACGGAAUGGGGACUCAUUUGGAAGCUCUCAGGGGGUUGGAACCACGGUGGCAUCGAAUGGUAGCGCCCCCCAAGGGCAGGCGCUCGACGAUGACUCGGGCUCCGCGGUUAGUGUAGGACUCCUAAUCGGAGUAUUUAUAGGACUUGUAAUGCUUACGUUAGUGGUCGCUGUUUGUGUGACUGUAGUGAUCAAGCGGCAACGAAAGCCGGCCAAAGGCAGACCUAGGAAGUCAAAAAGAACCAGCAUGUACGAGAAUGGAGGUUGGAGUGCUGGUGACGUCACAGACGACAUGGGCAAGAUGCCCACCGGCGAUGUUGAUGUCGGUGUAUAA